AUGAGACGCCCACCAGAAGGAGAUAGCAUCAUUGAGAAGGAGCCAAUGAAAUUAGGACCCCCAGCAGCACCAACUGGGGCGAAAAAAAAGGUAAAUGAUAACAAGUCUGCUGCCACCAAGAGACGAAAACGCAGAAAUAAUAUGUCUUCAGACAGUGGCUUAGAAACCGCUGAAGAUGAUGCAAAUGUCAAACGAUCACGGAAUGAAACCAAGUCUGACUUUUUAACUUCACUUUGUCCUUUGAAUGAUAUAAGCUCCAUCCACCCAGUCCUGGAUUGUACAAUGGAGAGUACUUUCUCCAAGAAGUCUAAGAGUAAAUUAGAUGUCACCUGGGAAAAGGCAGUGUGCAAUGCCCGGGGUCAGCCAGAUGGUGCUGAGCGAUCAAUGAGAAUAACAAAGAUCACUUCUAAGAACCCUGAGUGUUCGAUUAUUGAGGAGAAUGAUGAGAACAUGCUCCCACCGGAGAGUGGAGAUGAGGGCGAAGAAAUGGCAGAGGAAGAGCAUGAGAUCAAGGUGGUUGAGGUUAAGAAGAUGGAAAAAAUGGAAAAGAAAAAGAAAUCAUUAAAAGUCAAAGUUCAAGGAGCUGUGAAAAAAUUGAAAAAGUUAAAAGAAAGUAAACCUACAGCUGGGAAACUGAAGAAAGGAGUUCUCAAGAGGAAACUAGCAGAUAUGGGUUCUUCUCCUGAGAGAGGCAGUAAAGUGAAAAUCAAGAAAUCAGAUUCCAAAGAAGAGAAGAAAGACUACAAAAAACUAAGGAACAAUUUUGAGCUGAUUCAAAAUUCUAAGAAAAUUUGGGAAGAAUUAAGAAAACAUGAUUUGACCGUAGACAAGAAGACAAAGCUGUGUACUGAGCUGUUGGAUAUGACAAAAGGCAAAAUGCAGUUGUUGGCUUUUACUCAUGAUGGUGCCCGAGUUAUUCAAUGUCUUGUUCAGCAUGGUAAUAUGGAGCAGAGAGCAGUGGCAUUUGAUGAAAUGAAACAUAUCAUUGUUGCCAUGUCUGAGUCAAAAUAUGCAAAGUUCAUUGUCCGAAAAUUUUUGAGUUAUGGAUCCAAAAUGGAAAGGACUUUGGUGUUUAAAUCUUUAUGUGGUCAUGUCCGACGCUUGAUUCGGCACAGGGAAGCUUCUGAAAUCAUAGAAUUUGCCUACAAUGAAUAUGCCAAUGCCACUCAGCGUCUAGCUUUUCUGGAAGAAUUUUAUGGACCAACUUUUACUCUUUUGAAGACUGAAGAUGCAAAGACAUUGGAGGAUGUUUUCAAUUUGCAUCCUAAAAAGAAAGACAUGAUUCUGGCUAACAUGAAAGAAACUUUAUUGCCACUCAUUGAAAAGAGUAUUCUCACUCAUUCAAUUGUGCACCGAUUAUUUUAUGAGUAUUUCCUGUUUGCAGACAGCAAAGCAAGAAGUGAAAUGAUUUCAGAACUUAAAGAAGCAGUUGUAAACAUGGUGCACUCACGAGAUGGAGCACGUGUUGCUAUGAAAUGUAUUUGGCAUGGAAACAGCAAGGACCGAAAAGCCAUGGUGAAAAGUUUCAAAACUUUUGUUGUAAAAAUGUGCAAAGAGGAAUAUGGCCAUCAAGUGUUGCUGUCAGUUUUUGAUGUUAUUGAUGAUACCAAAUUGGUCAGCAAAGUUAUUCUGGAGGAAAUUUUGAAAUCAUUGAAAGAAGUCGCAAUGGACUCUUAUGGGCGUAAAGUGUUGCUGUAUUUGCUUUCACCCAGAGACCCAAUGCAUUUUCACCCAGACAUUGUUAAAGUGAUGCAAGAAGGAGACACAAAUGAGUUCAGUAAAAAGGAUGCAAAUGUGCGGCAUAAUGAACUCUUGGAGGUUGUCUCAAAGUCCCUCUUGAAAAUUGUGAUUGAAAACACCAAGGAACUUGUUAGUGAUAAUAACAGUUUACUUUUCCUCUUGGCUAUCCUUUCACAUGCAAAAGGUGAUACAACAAAAGCCUUGGAAUCUGUAGCUGAGAUUUGUGCUGAAAGAAUGGACAGCAGCAGUUUGGGUGAUCUGCACAUUGUAGAACACCCGGCUGGACAUAUCACUCUGAAGAAAUUGAUUGCCCUGGACAAGGAAAAAAUGAAAAACAAAGAAUCAGUGCUUUUCUCAUUAGUGCUGAUGAACACAGUGCCUGAAAGUGUAUUGAAGUCGUGGGCAGCUUGUAACAGAGGUUGUUUCAUUUUGUUGGCCCUCCUUGAACUGGAACACCCGGAGGUCACUGCUCAGUUGUUGCCAAUUUUGACCACAAUGAAAAAAUCGCUCAAGAUGCUCAAGUUCAAAGGGGCACAACUCUUGCAUGAUAACAUUUUAUACAAUACAAAAGAUGAUUAA